AUGGAUGUGUUGGUUGGUGUUCCACCAAACCUGUCCCAGAGUAAGGUCAAUUGCACCAAUGCGUUCCAGCAUAUCAGGAUCGGGUACUUUAUAGUGGAACUUCUAACAGCGUUCUUUGCUGUACUUGGGAACAUUUUUAUCUGUUUUGUUGUUGUCAGAAAUAGAAAGCUGCGGACGGUGACUAAUUUCUUCCUGGUGUCGUUGGCCGUGGCAGAUAUCUUGGUUGGUGCCGUGGCCAUACCGUGCGCCUUGCUUUCAGAUCUCGGCCUCCCCAGGUGUAGCUACUACCUCUGCGUCCUCAUGCUGUGCACCCUGCUCACCCUGACCCAGGCCUCCAUCUUUGGCCUGUUUGCCAUCGCCGUUGAGCGCUACAUUGCCAUUCUAGCGCCGUUCCGCUACCAGGUGCUGGUGACGCCCAGGAACACGGCGCUCAUCAUCGUCACCUCAUGGGCCCUGGCAGUGGUCAUCGGGCUGGUGCCCCUGAUGGGCUGGCGCAAGAUGCCCACGGCCAACGAGAGCUGCCUCUUUCACAACGUGAUCGACGAGAGCUACAUGGUGUACUUCAACUUUAUUUGUUGCAUGCUCCUCCCUCUGCUAGCCAUGUUUGUCAUCUAUGCUAAGAUAUUCCUCGAGGUCAAGAAACAGAUCCGGAGGAUAGCCGAGAGGCACAUUAACAUCAGCAUGGAGGAGAAGCGGCGGAAAAUUAUCCGCAAGGAAUUUCAGACAGCUAUAUCGCUCUUCAUUGUCCUUUUCUGCUUCACCCUGAGUUGGAUUCCCCUGCACAUCCUGAACUGCGUCAAGCUCUAUUGCCCAAACUGCAAGGUCCCAACAUCUCUGAUGCUAACCACGGUCAUCUUGUCCCAUGUUAACUCAGUGGUCAAUCCAAUUGUCUACGUCUUCAGGAUAAAGACCUUCUGGGACGCUUUUCUGGGCAUCUUCUCUUGCAUCCCAUAUGCAGGGUUCAUUGGUAAAUACUCCAACUCAGACUUCACAGGAAUGAUUAAGAUUGAGCCGUUCAGGAACAGGAGCGACAUGUUGCCAGGAAAGUAA